GUAGAUCAUCUGAGCCCCCCUCCACGGUGGGGUUGGUCUGGGCUCGCUUGCGCCCGGAUUUAGCCCGGAGUAAAGAGAGUCGAAGAAAAACAAAAAGGUCACCGGCGAUAACAAACAAUAUGCAAGAUACUCGCGCCUCCACAUCAGCAGACUCCCGUAUAUCCGUAUCAAUCUAACAUACGCUCACUCACGCACAUGGAUGCAUGUCUCACAGCCUCUUUAACACCAUUUCUUCCUACUUACUUUCCUUAUCCGCGUGUUUGCGCGCCCCAUGGGCUCAUGUCUAACUCCGACCUUUUCGUCCGUUCAUCCCAUCACAUAGUACCACCGUGUCUCAUUGUCAUCACGGGGGGGGGAGGGGUUCUCGACCACCCCCAGCGUACAGAUACAUUUGUCUCGAUAAGCAGACCAUUUGACGCGACCAUCACGCUUUUCAUACGCAUGCAAAAGAAAUCGCAGGGGGUCUAUGACACCACCACUUCUUUCCAUAGGUCUCGCCUCGGUUUCCUCGGAAAUGAUGGCCCUUAUCGCCACGAGAAAGAGAGAGAAAGAGACUUUCCCUAUCUAGGGGAUCGACGCCCUUUCCGCUUUCGAUACGUCAUGCGGUCGAUCUUGUCUUCUCGUCUUAUCGAGCUUGAGAGUGUGUGAGCUUGUUCCUCGUUCGGGCGAACACCCCCCCCCCGGUUCCGCCAAUUCCCCCAACGGCUUUUUGCGGGUAAGGCUGUCAGGAAUAUCUUCAUGUCACGUGCUCUACAACGCGUUUAUCCGAGCUACAUGAUACCCUUCCCUUUUCCAUAUCUACUGUUCCGAGGCUAGACCCUUCU